AUGUCCGAUAAUCAAGUUGCAGCACGUAAAAGAAAAAUUGCUGAAUUGUCUCGAACGAUUAGAACGAAAUACUUAGCUUUAAAACUAGGUAGAUCUGAGUUGGAUGAAACAUUAAAUACAUUAUUCAAACCUAUAUCUGAACCACUUCAGCAUAUUGCAAAGUCAUCAAAAUCAUUAUCUCAACAUGAUAAUGUUAAAAAAAUUAUUAAUAAAGACGAACCAGUCGAAAUUAAAAAAGAAUCAUUAGUCAAUUAUAAUGAUAAUUAUAAUGAUAAUUAUAAUAAUAAUUAUAAUGAUAAUUAUAAUGAUAAUUAUAAUGAUAAUUAUAAUGAUAAUAAUUAUAAUGAUUAUCAAGGUUUUACUGAAGAAUCAGGAAAUGUGUACAUAGAUCAAUAUCCUGCAAUAUAUAUUCCAUUCAUAAACGAAUACAUGAAUAAAAGUAGUAAAAUAGACAAAAAAUAUGGACCCACUUAUAAUGAGACGUUAUCAAAGUGGUUGCUUGAUGUUUUUUCGAUGUCGCGCAAACGUAAUGCAUCUGUUAUGGAAAUGGAAGUGUCUGAAGGUAUAUCUUCUGGUGCGGGGCCAUCAUCUAGUGCUACACCAUGUGCUGCUGGGCCAUCUCACCCUACGCAAUCUCCAAAAACCAGAAAUGUAUCAUCAUUAAGGAAUAUAGACCAUUUACCAUGGAGAAGUGGUUAUCUAAAUAUAUCCGCAUUUUUCAUCAUGUCACGUGGGUUGAAGAUGCUCGCAAUGUUAAAUCUAAAAUGCCCAGUCCAACCGGAUGAAAGACCAGAAUCGUCAGUUUCAAAUACCGACGCAGAAAAUACAUUAAAUGAAGCACUCAAUAAUGAAAUACUGUUUGCAUUGGAUCAUUCUAAUAUUUCAAAUAUGGAAGAAAUAACAAGUUUUAUUGAAAAUGACAAUAUUCUCUUAAACGAUUCCGCUAUAUUACAACCAGAUCUCCUUGAAGAAGGACACACUGAGAGCUCCUGCCUCAUUCUAAAAAGCGCAGCCGAGACUAAUUUUGAACACAGUACAAGCCCAGUCCAAGAAGAGAUGGAAAUCGGAAAUAAUAUUUUAAGUGAUAUUUCUGCAAUUCAAAAUACUGCUGGUUCUGAAAAUCAAGAGCUGACUCAAGACGAGAUGGUGGAAAACAGCGAUACAGACUACCCCGCUUCAGUUCAAUCGGAUGAUACCAGUGAAAAUGAAAGUAUUGAAGGAAUAGAAGAGGAAAUUAUAGGCCAUGGUUCGGAUAAUUCCAGUGAUGAAGGUGGGGAGAAAAAUCAAGAAAAAGAAGAGGAAUCCAGACAAAAUGGAAGAAAAAAAAGAAAGCUGAGUAUUGCAAGAAGAGACGUGACUUACCAAGAAAAUAAGAGGAAAAGAGAAUUGGGCUUGCCAUAUAAAAGCAAAAAAAAGUGUGAUGGAAAUUGGGACUACAAAAUAGCUAAACAGGGAAAAUUUUUGACAAAUCCAUGUAACUGUAAAUUAUCUAAAAAUGGGAUAUACAAUCCUACAGUUCUUAAGCUCACAUAUGGAUUUGUUCACACUACUGACGGUAACAUAAAUAUUGAAAAUGUAAAAAUAUGUAACCUAAAAGAGCCUACUAUUGAUACAGAUGCUUUGAACAAAGGUUAUGUUGAUAUGCAAAAUCAAAAAUUAAGUGAACACAUAUUAACAUUGACUACUAGAAUAGAAGAUCUAAGAGAUAUAAUUCAAAAUUUACAACAAUAUUUUGAAUGA